AUGAUACUCCUUCUGGGAUUCAUUCUGGUUUCUAUCAGCUCUGUGCUCUCGCAGACUACAGUCAGUGUCAGCUCGACAGCUAGUCACCCGAUUCCGACUACACUAUGUGCGUGUAUAGUCAUGAUUUCCGGAGAUGGGGGCCUUUACGCUGAAUUACUACAGAAUCGAGCCUUUCAACAAGUCACUGCCGGAACCUCCGCCGCGCUUAGAGCAUGGUCUUCUAUUAAUGGUGCCCUCCUUACUGUUGUUGCUGAAACCGAACCGGUAUCUUCUGCCCUUCCUAACGCAUUGAACGUGACCGUUACAAGUGGUGCAAGUGGUCCGGUCGGAUUCGGUAACACUGGCUACUUUGGCAUGAAGAUUACGGCCGGCAACACGUAUAAUGCUUCUUUCUACUAUCGUUUCCCCGAGACUUCUGAUUUCAUUGGAGAAUUGGAUAUUAGUAUCCAGAUGUCUGAUGGUGACAUUUUGGCUUCCGCCUCCGUCUCAGUUUCCGGCGACCAAACAAGCUGGAAGCAAGUCUUCGUCACGCUCACCUCAGAUACAACUCCUGAUUCAACUGAUAAUGUCUUCGUUGUUACCACCGAUGGUGCAACAGCGUCAGGCUUGACCAUCAAUUUUGCAAUGUUUUCUCUCUUUCCUCCUACUUUCAAUAAUAGGCCUAAUGGAAUGCGAAUCGACAUCGCUGAGACUCUUCAAGCAAUGAAGCCUUCCUUCUUCAGGUUUCCGGGAGGCAACAAUCUCGGUCAAAAUACGGCCACACGAUGGGUCUGGAACGCUACUUUGGGACCUUUGGUCGAUAGGCCGGGACGAUCGGGAGACUGGGGAUAUAUCAAUACAGACGGCCUUGGACUAUUGGAGUACCUGCUGUGGUGCGAAGACUUGGAGAUGGAACCCAUCAUGGCUGUCUGGGCCGGAUACGGCCUUGGAGGCGUGUCUGUCGCAGAGGACGACCUACAACCAUAUGUCCAAAGUGCUAUUGAUCAGAUAAAUUUUGUCAUCGGGGAUCCGGCAACCAAUGAUUACGCUGCGCGAAGGGCGGAGCUGGGCCACCCAGAACCGUUCAAACUGACUUACGUCGAGAUUGGAAACGAAGAUUUCGUGACCGCAGCUGCCAGAACAUAUGGCUAUCGAUGGAAUUCAUACGUUACUGCUCUGCAGAACGAAUUCCCAAGCCUUCAUUUCAUUGCGACGACAGACCCUUUCAAUCCGAUUCUAGACCCAGCACCGACUGAAUACGAUGUGCAUGUUUAUCAGACUAGUACGUGGAUGUCAGAGAAUUCGUUCUACUACGAUGAUUUCCAGCGAAACGGGACUCAGUACUUUGAGGGCGAGUAUGCCACCACCAGAAAUGACCAGGCUGCUACUGCUGACGCGGUCUUCAUGACCGGAUUCGAACGAAACGCCGACAUCGUCUUCGCCGCUUCCUAUGCUCCUCUUCUUCAACAUGCUAGCCAAGCUGACUGGCAUCCCAAUCUGGUGGUUUUUGACGCAGGAGCAGUAUACCCAAGUGUCAGCUACUACGUCCAACAGCUUUUCAGCGUCUAUCGGGGUGAUGAAUACAUCCCCAGCACGCUUCCCGAAAGGAGCGGUACCGUGUUUUGGAGUGUCGUCCGAAAGACGUCCGUCACUCCCAACGAGCUCAUCAUCAAGGCAAGUUACGUCAUCAACAGAAACAGCACUGCUACAGAUGUGACCUUUGAGUUGCCGUUCAGUGUGUCAAGCACAGCGACAGCAAUAGUGCUCACAGGCGGAAAGACAUCUGCCAAUGUUCCUUCUGACCCUGAUCUUGUUCUUCCUCAAACGUCUUCCAUUUCAACUGGUUCUAUCUUUGAUUAUUCUGCUCCUGCAUUCAGUGUCAAUGUUUUGGUUCUUAGCAUCGGGUAG